AUGUCGAACAAAUUGAGUGGAACGGUUCUCAUUCAUGGAGAUGGCAAUCUCACGAAAUCGUCUGGAGGAGGAGACGUCGCGCCAUCUAUUUCAGUGUCUACCACAUUUCGAGCACCAAACCCCGAGGACAUUGUAACAGGGGCCAUCGCUAACGGCGACCUGCGAAACCCAACAACACACGUUUACUCCAGGUACACACAGCCGGUUAGAACUAGGACAGAACACAUUCUCAGCCGCAUCAACGAUGGAUAUGCUCUAACUUACUCUUCUGGCUUGGCCGCCUCUUAUGCGGCCUUGGUAUUUUAUCAACCGAAGCGUAUCGCUAUAACCGGCGGCUAUCAUGGAUGUCAUGCGACCAUCGAGGUGUACAGGAAGAGCCGAGGUGUCGACUUGGAAGUAAUUGAUUUGGACGCGGCGUACAAACCGGGCGAUCUCUGUUGGCUGGAAACCCCGCUUAACCCAACUGGCGAAGCGAGGAAUAUCCAGCAUUACGCGGACAAGGUGCAUAAAGCGGGAGGCAAACUGCUGAUUGACUCAACUUUUGCUCCCCCGCCUCUGCAAUACCCAUUCAAGUUUGGCGCUGACUGCAUCCUUCACUCUGGUACGAAGUACUUUGGUGGCCAUUCUGACCUACUUUGCGGUGUUCUUGUAGUCAAGGCCCUCGACGACUGGACUAAGCUAUAUCACGAUCGCACAUUUCUCGGAAGUGUGAUGGGCUCACUCGAAUCAUGGCUUCUUCUGCGCUCUUUGAGGACUUUGCAUCUCAGAGUCCCACGCCAAUCGGCUUCAGCAACAACCCUUGCACAAUGGUUGGAUGCAGUUGCUAAGACUCCUAUCGGCCACACCUUUGAUGGUGUGCCAGGGGGUGUUGUCAGUAAAGUCUGGCACUCGUCCCUCCAGCCGAGAGACGCCUCUGGCUUCGAACCUCGGCAACAGAUGGAGGGAGGGUGGAACGCAACAUUCGCGAUCCUCCUCUCCAAGCCUGAACAUGCCACACAGUUUCCCCAUCUCUUGCAGUAUUUUGUGCCUGCGACGAGUCUGGGUGGCGUUGAAUCACUGGUAGAACAUCGCCUGCAAAGUGACCCGGGAGCAGACCCACGUCUCAUUCGACUCAGUAUUGGCGUGGAAGAGGUGGAAGACUUGAAAGCGGACCUCCGCCAAGCUUUGCAAAAGCUUCAACAGGUCAAAUCAAAGCUAUGA